GAUUCUCACGAGAACCCACCCCUACACACACACACACACACCGUAUCUCCUAAAUAAUAUAAGCGGCUUAGGGGGUUACCCUCGUUUUUUUUCCGUCUUUUUUCCGUCUAUUUUCUAACAGAGCUACUGUUCACGCUUUUUUCCUGGUCGUUGUGUACUCCCCACGAGGACGAAUGCUAUUGGCCUCUUUCUCCGCCCACCGCUUUCUUCUUCGUUUACCAGAUGCAAAGCAAUAACUUUGACAAUGUGGGACAAAUUUGCAAGCAUUCAGGGCAGUGAAAUCGAAAAGGCACUCGAAUCAGGGUGUGUAAGAAAUGGAAACAUGCUUUGAGUCUUAAGAAAUGGAAUCAUUUCUUACACAUGCUUGGGCAAACACACACGUAGUGUGUAACCUGCUAGUAUAUAUAAUAAUACUAUAAGGGCCUAAUUUAGGCUUUUUUUUCCGUCUAAUUUUAACGCCGCUACUGUUCUCCUUCUUGAUGCCUCCUCUAUUGUUCUCCUCUCCCUCUUCUCGUCCAUUGCUUCUUGCCCACUGUUCCUUCGCCGCCCCACGCUUCUUUGCCGCUCACCGCCCCACGAUCGAAACACACUUCCUAUAUCUUCUUCAUCCCUCAACCCUGUUGUUCACAUACAUCUUCUUGGGUUCGCAGGAUGUUAAUGCAGGAUUGAUCUUUCUUUCCUCUCUUGGUCUUUCUUCAGUUCAUAACCCUUAUUUCAAGUUUGGUGGAGGAAGAAGAAACUUCUGCUUAUCGUCGUCUCCUGGCGGAUAGCAAGAACAGAAGCAGAGAGUGCUUCGAGAGCAGAUCUACGAAGUAUAUUUCUUCUUUGAAUGUUUGUCAUCACAAGGGGCACAGCUGAGUUCUCCAUUGGAUUAUGUAGAGCUUCUAGAUUUGUUUAAAGAGAGAAAAGUUGAAGGUCUCACUUCAAUCAAUUGAGCUCUUAAUU